AUGUGUGGCAGAUUUGCUCAGGGUAUCAGUUUGGACGGUAUUCCCGAUGAAUUUUUUGAGACAGUCCUUGACGAGGAGAACAAUGAAAUCAAUGAACCAACUGAGGGGGUUUACGAAACUGAAGCAGGUGGAGAGGGUGACAGAACAGAAAAGAUCCAGUUAGAUUUAUCACGGGCUUCGCAAUGGACACCUUCAUGCAACAUAGCACCAACCAAUACGGCCCUAAUGGUCUACAUGGCUGAGCCAUCUUCAGACAUCGCUCAAAGCUAUAUUGUAGAGCCCCUGAAGUUUGGGUUGGUACCAACCUGGGCAAAGCCUUGUGACCCUACACCAGUCAACAAAGGGAAGCAGAAUGAAGGAGAGAAGUACUCUCGUGAAUUGGGUAAGCAUGAGAGCAAAUAUUUCAAUUGUAGGAGAGAAUCCCUUGCUGAACACCGUGCUGUUUGGUCAUCUUGCAAAAAACACAGAUGUGUCAUACCUAUCCAAGGGUAUUUCGAGUGGCUCAAGACAAAGAAUGAAAAGAUUCCCUAUUUUAUUCACUCCAAAACAGCUCCAUUGAUAUUUUUAGCUGGUUUUUACUCCCACAACUACAACUACAAGGACAACUUUAAUGUAAAUGGUGAGUACUUGUCGUCGUUUACUGUAAUCACAGCUCCCGCAGAAAAGUCGGACAAGUAUGACCUAUCUUGGUUGCAUUCAAGAAAAACAUUGGUUAUCGAACCUGGAUCGAAAGAGUGGUUUUCGUGGCUAGACCCAAACAGGGACUGGGAUGAUUCAUUGAUUCCAGAGGUCUUGAACUCAAACACAAACGAAGCGUAUGCGGGUAUCGAAGGAUACAGGGUAUCUAAUGAUGUCGGAAAUCCCAGUAACAAGAGUGAAAGUAUACUCAGAAAAGUUGCUAAUGUAAAGGCACGAUCGGUGUCAGAUUUUUUCAAGCCAAAGAAGGAGCCAGUGAUGAAGAACGAGGACACAAUUUCUGCAGACCAAAAAGAUGCACGUAACAUCAAACAAGAGCAUUCAGAAAACGUGAAAGAACCCGAAAUCAAGACUGAGGACGACCACCAACUGUCUAAAAGAACCAAUCAUGAUAGAGACGAUAGUUCAAAGAGGGUGAAAACUGAAAGAGAUUGA